CGUACCGGCGUACCACGUCAGAUUCAAGCGUAGAAGAAAGGAAAAUGUCGCUUACGAGCUUUCUACCGGCGCCGACCCAGCUAUCUCAGGACCAGCUUGAGGCCGAGGAAAAGGCGAGGGCGCAGAGGUCUCAGUCCACUGCACUGGUAUCAUCCCGCCGAGAACCCCCUCCAUAUGAACACAGGAAGGGAUGGGUGCCCCGCUCUCUGGAGGACUUCGGCGAUGGGGGAGCCUUCCCAGAGAUCCAUGUGGCCCAGUUCCCCCAGGAGAUGGCCAGGAAGAAGAAGACAUCCAACGCCCUGGCCGUCCAGGUGGACGCAGAGGGCAAGAUCAAAUACGAUGCCAUAGCCAGGCAGGGCCAGGGCAAGGACAAGGUGAUCUUCAGCAAGUACACAGACCUGCUUCCUAAGGAGGUGCUGAAUGACGACGCCCCAGAGCUGCAGAGGCCCGACGAGGAGGCCGUGAAGGAGCUAACAGAGAAGACCCGCUCAGCGCUGGAUAAGCAGGUGUCUCAGAAGAUUGCAGCAGCCAUGCCUGUGAGAGCAGCAGACAAGCAGGCGCCUGCUCAGUACAUCAGGUACACCCCGUCCCAGCAGGGCGUGGCCUUCAACUCGGGGGCGAAGCAGAGGGUCAUCCGCAUGGUGGAGAUGCAGAAAGACCCCAUGGAGCCCCCACGCUUCAAGAUCAACAAGAAGAUCCCUCGUGGGCCUCCCUCGCCGCCUGCCCCCGUCAUGCACUCCCCCAGCAGAAAGAUGACUGUGAAGGAGCAGCAGGAGUGGAAGAUUCCUCCUUGCAUCUCCAACUGGAAGAACGCCAAGGGUUACACCAUCCCACUGGACAAGCGCCUGGCUGCAGACGGCAGAGGCCUGCAGACGGUUCACAUCAACGAGAACUUUGCUAAACUGGCCGAGGCGCUGUACAUCGCUGACAGAAAGGCCAGAGAGGCUGUGGAGAUGAGGGCGCAGGUGGAGAAGAAGAUGGCCCAGAAAGAGAAGGAGAAGAAGGAGGAGAAGCUGAGGGAGCUGGCUCAGAUGGCCCGAGACCGCAGGGCAGGGAUCAAAGGGCACGGGGACAAAGGAGGGGAGGAUGGGGAGGCCCGAGAGCGCGAUGAGAUCCGCCAUGACAGGAGGAAGGAGAGACAGCACGACAGGAACAUCUCCAGAGCCGCCCCCGAUAAGAGGUCCAAGCUGCAGAGAGACCAGGACAGAGACGUCAGCGAGCUGAUCGCUCUGGGACAGCCCAACCCCAGGACGUCCAGCGAUGCCCAGUACGACCAGAGGCUCUUCAACCAGAGCAAGGGCAUGGACAGUGGUUUUGCAGGUGGGGAGGAUGAGAUGUACAAUGUGUACGACCAGCCGUUCAGAAGCGGCCGGGACAUGGCUCAGAACAUCUACCGGCCUGGCAAGAGUUCAGACAAGGACGUGUACGGAGACGACCUGGACACCCUCAUGCAGAACAGCAGGUUUGUUCCAGACCGUGAGUUCUCCGGUGCCGACCACGGGCCGCGCCGUGACGGCCCGGUGCAGUUUGAGGAGGACCCGUUCGGUCUGGACAAGUUCUUGGAGGAGGCCAAGCAGCAUGGCGGCUCCAAGAGGCCCUCCACCAGCAGCCGCUCCAAGGACUACGACCACGACAAGAAGCGCAGGAAGGAGUGAGGACUGGAGAGGGGCCUCCAGCCCUCCCUCGCAGGGAAGGGCAGCAGGGGGAUGAUUUUAAACCUGGGAGUUUGAGCCACCACCAAAAUGUGUCCAAUAGAAAUAUUGAUCUUUUUGCGGUCUGUUUCACAGCUUGUAUUUUUUUGUUAUUUAAAAAAAGCAAAAAAAACAAUUUGUUUUAUUUUUGUCAGUGGAGUGUAGUUCCAGGCUUUAGGUGAGUGUGGAUGUGAUCCAGGUUCUUGGGGAAUGCUGCACUGCAUUCUACCCCCUCCCAAGACCUCAGACAGGCUGUAUUCUUCACCUCUAGCUUCAUUAGCUUACUUUGUAUCCGCCCUCUAGUCACACAGGUAAUAGGUAACUAUCCUGCCUUUCCAUUGUUUUAAAUAAGUCCCCUUGUAUAUGUGUGGCUAAGCAAUAUUUGGGCCCACUGGGUAUUACAUAAGGCAUUCCUGUAAGUGAGGUGAAUUUCCCAGGUGUGAUUUAUAUGGUGUCUUGUCAGGAUCUCAUCUGAGACACAGGCUCUGUUUCUACUGGGAUACAUGAUGAACCAGCUCUAUAUCUCUUGUACAGUACUGCUACCAUGGAAUAAAUUUCGUUUUAUGGAGAAAA